ACCAUAGCAACUCCAAACAGUCUCAAACGGAACAAUGAGCGCAGAUAAGAAAGUCAAAGAGACGGUCUCUCUGUCUGAAAGUGAGGAUGGCUUUCAGUAUGAAGAGGUUUCUCUGGGGGAGGACUGGAGUCUGACGGAAGGAGAGGAGGAUUUGGAGGCGACGGUGAAAGCGAUCCAGGAGCGGGCAGAGGCAGCUGCUUCUCCCCGGAAAGCAGCUCCCUCAUCCCCGCAUAAACAGGAGGCCGUGGAUGACUUUUUACGCACCUUCCUCUUCCACAUGAACAUGACAGAAACACUUGACUGCUUCCAGACUGAGUGGACCGAGAUGGUGCAGAGAGGGGGUUUGGAUACAGAGAAAAUCGGUUUAGUGCCACUGGUGUACACCGAGAACGAGAGUCUGACCGGCGAACUGGAGACUGCGCAGCGGGAGAUGGAGGAGUACAGGCGGGCAGCGGCUGCAGGAGCACUGACCCUGGAGAGGGUGCAGAGGAACAGAGACUUCCACAGCCUGCAGUAUAAGCGCGUGGUGCAGGAGAAAAACAAGCUCAUAGAGGAGAUGAAGAAGCUCACAGUGCAGUGCAACAAAUACGAGCCGGAAGUUAAGCGGAUGAAUGAGAAAUACCAGGCCGUGCUAAAGCAGAUCAUGCUGAUGGCUUUGGAGAAGGACAAGGCUUUGGGGGAGGAAGGAUCAGGGAACAUGACCCAUGAAAAACCUCCAUCACCUGCAAAGAGUUCAAGGACUCAGACUAGGUGAAGUCCCUGCAGGAGAAUGGUUGA